CAUGCUGUAGGAUAUCGAUAGAUACAUCUCUGUAUUAUAUACCAUUAGACACACACCCACACAUACACACACGUAUUCAGACUCUGGCUUUAAUACAAGUAUGUGGUUGCCUGAACCGAGGAUCAAAAUUACUGAGAUGCGAGAACUCCUCCAGCUCUGAAACUAUUCCUAUCGAAAGGUCAUCCUGUCAUUCCUGCAAACACUAAUCAAUCAUGGGAUUUGAAGUUAAUACUACUAAAUAAAUGAAUUGCUUAAUCUCCUAUGACCAUCUAUACAUGCCUCAUCUUCACAAAGCUUAUCAAUUUUAUGUCAUCAAGGACAGAGUGACCUUCAUUUCCACAAAAUGUCUCUUGCUACUGGACAAGUUGCUUGUAAAUUUAUCACUUAUCCUCAGGAAGAAAGUCCUUCGAAAUCUGCCUCUGACAAAUGCAAGUCUAUGUUUUAUCAAUUGACCGGGUCAUACUGAAUUCCAAAAUCGUAACCGUGGAAUACUAAAGGGUCUCUUACUUUUCCGAGCAUUUCAGCUAAAAUGAAGGACAUGCAACUCAAAAUUAAUUUUCUACUUGGCCUAGUUAUCACUGCAGUGGUACAGGCUGUAGAAAAAAAAGCAGACUGCCCAGAGUUGUGUAUAUGUGAGAUCAGACCUUGGUUCACUCCCCGGUCUGUAUACAUGGAGGUUCCGACAGUGGACUGUAAUGAUUUAGGCCUUUUAAAUUUUCCAGCCAGACUCCCUGCUGACACACAGGUUUUACUUCUACAGACUAACAAUAUUGGAAAAAUUGAACACUCAGUAGACUUCCCAGUGAAUUUAACUGGUCUAGACUUAUCUCAGAACAAUUUAUCCUCGGUGGCCAGUAUUAAUCUUACAAAAAUACCACAGUUGCUUUCUGUGUACCUGGAAGAAAACAAACUUACUGAACUCCCUGAAGAAUGUCUCUCUGGACUCCACAACUUACAAGAGCUUUACAUUAAUCAUAACAUGCUUUCUAUGAUUGCGCCGGGAGCUUUCAUAGGCCUCAAUAAUCUUCUCAGACUUCAUCUCAAUUCAAAUGGUCUGCAAAUGAUCAACAGUAAGUGGUUUGAAGCUAUUCCUAAUCUGGAGAUUCUUAUGAUUGGAGAAAAUCCAAUAAUCAGAAUCGAAGAUAUGAACUUUAAGCCUCUUAUCAAUCUGCGCAGCCUAGUUUUAGCCAGCAUAAAUCUCACUGAAAUACCAGAUAAUGCUUUGGCUGGCCUUGAAAAUUUAGAAAGCAUUUCCUUCUAUGACAAUAGAUUUGUUAAAGUGCCCCAUAUUGCUCUUCAAAAGGUUACAAAUCUCAAAUUUCUGGAUCUAAAUAAGAAUCCCAUUAACAGAAUACGAAGGGGGGAUUUUAGCAAUAUGCUACACCUGAAGGAGUUAGGAAUUAAUAACAUGCCUGAACUGAUUUCCAUAGAUAGUCUUGCUGUUGAUAAUUUACCAGAUUUAAGAAAAAUAGAAGCUACCAACAAUCCAAGAUUAUCAUACAUUCAUCCAAACGCUUUCUACAGACUUCCCAAGCUGGAAUCACUCAUGCUCAACAGCAAUGCACUGAGUGCCCUGUACCGCAGUACAAUAGAAUCGCUGCCUAACCUGAAGGAAGUUAGCAUACACAGCAAUCCCAUUAGAUGUGACUGCGUCAUCCGCUGGAUUAACAUGAACAAAACAAAUAUUCGCUUCAUGGAGCCAGAGUCUCUGUUUUGUGUAGACCCUCCUGAAUUCCAAGGCCAGAAUGUGAGACAGAUACACUUCCGGGAAAUGAUGGAAAUCUGUCUCCCUCUGAUAGCUCCUGAAAGCUUUCCAUCUACUUUGGAAUUAAAAACUGGCAGCCAUAUUUCCUUACACUGCAGAGCAACAGCAGAACCAGAACCUGAAAUCUACUGGAUAACACCAUCAGGACAUAAACUUUUGCCUAAUACUAUUUCUGAUAAAUACUACAUUCAUUCCGAAGGGACAUUAGACAUAAGUGAUGUAACAGAGAAAGAAAGUGGCUUAUACACAUGCAUAGCAACAAAUUUAGUUGGGGCAGAUCUAAAGUCAGUCAUGAUUAAAGUGGAUGGCUCUCUCCCUCAGGACAGCAAUGGACCUUUGAAUAUCAAAAUCAAAGAUGUAAAAUCUAAUUCUGUUUUGGUUUCAUGGAAAACAAGUUCUAAAAUUCUGAAGUCCAGUGUUAGAUGGACUGCUUUUCUGAAAGCUGAAAACUCUCAGGCUGCACAGAGCGCUCGAGUACCAUCUGAUAUAAAGGUAUAUAACCUUACACAUCUAAAUCCAUCAACUGAAUACAAAAUUUGUAUAGAUAUUCCCACUAUUUACCCACAGAAUAAGAAACAAUGUGUCGAUGUAACCACGAAAGGACUAGAUACGGCAGUGAAAGACUAUGAAAAGAACAGCAUCAUAGGAUUUCUUGCCUGCCUUGGUGCUCUUCUGGGAAUCAUCUCUGUGGUGUAUCUCUACAGCUGCAUCUCACGAGACAUGAACUAUGAUGUUCGACACAGCUAUGUAAGGAAUUAUCUGAAGAAACAAUCCUUUUCACUCAAUGAGCUUUAUCCUCCUCUAAUCAGUCUUUGGGACAUGGGCAAAGAAAAAAGCACAGCAAUGGAAGUUAAAUCAACUCUAAUAGGCGUACCAACCAAUAUGUCAUAAAUAUCACUUAAUUUCUGAAAUAAAAAGCACAGGACUGUACGUGUGCUAAAUAAAACAGAAACAAGAAAAAUUGUACCUUCUAGAAAUUAGAUGCCUGGACUUUGCUGGUGACAAAUAGGAAUAUGUACUGCCUCAGCGUAAGAGAAGAAUUUUAACUAAGGCUUCUAAGAGUAUUCUACCAACCAAAUACAAUUAACUUCAUUUUCUAGAACUUUCGUGAGACUUUGAAGUCUGGAAUACAGUGCAAGUAGCCAAGAACAUUUUCUGUAUUUUCUUUUUUUUUUUUUUUUACUAUUACUUAAAAGUAGUGGAACUGAGCAAUACCUCCUCCUGUGCUGUAUUACAAACAAUAGCCACGAGUUUUGCAGUGAAAGCUAUACUAGGAUUGACACAUGGUGUAAUGAAAUGGACAAAUUCUGUAGAGUAGACACAGUGAGUAUGUGAAAUUUUUU